AUGCCGCGCGCCGCCGCCUCCCGCCGCGCCCUCACCGCCAUCGACGCACUCACCACCACGCCACCCGACACCCUCCCACCCGGGCACAUCAUCUGCCGCAUCAUCACCUCCGCCGGCAACAACAUCUACCGCCUUCUCACGCCCACCGAUGCCAAGACCGAGAUUCUCGCCGAGCUGCCGACCAUGUUCCGCGGAAAGGUGUGGCUCAAGCGCGGGGGCUAUGUGGUGGUGGAUACGGGCGCGUUUGGGGAGCGGGAGAAUAAGCUCGGUGGAGAGAUUGUGAAUGUGGUGAGGGGUGAGAGGGAGUGGAGGAAGGAGGGGUAUUGGCCGAAGCAGUUCCCGAAGGAGGAGGAGCUCGAGGAUAGUGAGGAGAGUGAGGAGGAGUCGACGGUGGGGAAGAUGCCGCCGGGAUCGGAUGAUGAGGAGUGA